AUGACACAACAACCAAUUCUUAGUUUACUAUCAAAGAAUUUGGAGCCAUUCGAGUAUCAAUAUGAUCAAACUAAUGGAGAGAAUAGGAAUUUUGCUGUUGGAGCUUAUUAUGUAUCGACACUUUCUUCAUUAAAGGAAGGAAAACCAAAAGUCUCAGAUAGACCUGGGCUCUACUUUUCAUACAAUUUUCACACAGAUCAUGUUUCACCAAUUAUUUAUCAACCUGCUGUGAGUGUACAAGAUUACAGACUUGUAAAGUUUGCUGAUCUUUCUGUUGCAGUUCAACAACCUAAUAAUUAUUAUAGAUUGGGAUAUUCUAUCAUUAGAAGAGUGGACAUUGCUAAUUCUUCAUUCUCCUAUCAAUGUUCGUUCAAUUCUACUAACUAUGAUGUUUGGAUUGAUCCGGAUUACAAAUUUACAUACACUGGAUUCCAUGUUGUUGCUGGUAUUCCAUUGUUGGUUAUUUCUGUUACCUUACUCUCGGUUCUUUCCUUAUGUUGUGUCAACAAGUUUGCCAUCACCAAACACAACAGAUCUCUCUUAUUGAAGGAUGAAGAGGAAGAACAAUACUUUGAUGAAAUUCACACAGAAAUGUGCAUGACCUCAAAGGAAAAGGAAGGUUUCAAACAAAAAAAGAAGGAUUAUCAAGAUUUUAUCAUUUACAAACACAGAAGAAACUUCUUUGGGGAGACACUAUUCAAAAAACCAAUACCUAACUCUGAAACUAAUUCAUUUGAUCAAGCUGAUGAUGAGGAAAAGUUUACUGAUCUCAAGAGCAAAUUGAAGCAUAAUUUUACCAUCUCUCUUCUUUUUGAUACUCAAUUGGUUAAUCAAUGUGGUACAGAUGUAUACUAUUAUAUGUGGUUCAGCAAGUAUUUGAUUGUUUAUGUGGUUGUUUGUGGAUUGGUUGCUUGUGGCUCUCUUUUGCCAACCUAUUUGACCACCACUGAUUACAAUGUCUCAUUUGGUGACUUUUCUUCAACUAGUAUUGCCAACAUGAGUAUCAAGACCAAUGAUAAGAUUUACGUCUUUUUCCUUGUUACUAUUGCAUUCCCAAUCCUUGGUCUUGUCUUUAUUUAUGGUUUGAAUAGAUUGUCUAGACAGUUAAUCAAGUCAAGAACCAACAUUGGUUCCUUGUACACUGUCAUGGUUAAUGGAAUUUCAAGAAGUGUAAGAGAUAGGAAGAAAUUAUUGGAGGACUUUAAGCAAAGAUAUGGAGAUUGUGUUGUUGAUGCCCAUUUAGCUCUUGAUCUCAAUAAUUUGAGUGAAUUGGAUGAAAAGAGAGAGGAUUUGGAGAGGAUGUUGAGAGGAGCUGAACGUGAAUAUGAAAAGAGUGGCCGUAGACCACAAAUCAAAGUUAAGGGUCUGAUGGGAUUUUUCGGAAAGAAGGUUGAUGCUAUUGAAGAAUACAGCAAGGCCUUGGAAAGUGUCAAUAAGGAGAUUAACAUUCUCAGACUCAAUCCAAACAAGACUAUUCACGGUACCGGAUAUGGAUUUGUGACCUUCUCAACAAUGGAUGACGCACAAAGAUGUCUCAAUGAACACAAGGAUAUCAAUUGUUGUUGUGGUAUUUCUAUUCCUUGGUGGUUAUGCUCUCCAAGUGGAUGGGGAUACGGAGGUAUUGAAAGAGCUCCAGAACCAGAUGAUGUUCUCUUUGAAAAUUUGAGUAUUGGAUCAACCAAUCGUUGGGUUAGAUCAUUGAUCUCAUCUGCUGUUAUUACAUCCUUCUUGCUUUUGAUCUAUGCCAUCUCAACAACAGUUUCCUGGUACUAUUGGUAUAAGGGUCAAAACUAUAGCUCUGUAAAAGAUUACUUUAUAGAUACUGAUGCUUCCGUUAUUGGAGUUGAUACUUUGGCCUUAGUUUUGAUGGUUCUGGCCGAGUUGUUGCCUGAAGCCGUCUCACUCACCAAUGAAAUUGUUAAACCAGUCAUUGAAGUUUUGAGUGACUAUGAAAAGCAUCCAUCAAGAACAUCCAGAAGAAAAACCAUCCUCAGAAAGACAAUUUUCUUUAUUACCUUGUCUAUUAUGAUCUUCCCAUUCUUUAUCAGAUGGAUUAAGGCUGUGUGGGGUGUUAGUAUGAAUGCAGAUUUUCCAUUCAACAAUUAUGCCUAUUUUUUCAACUUUAUUGGCACUGAAGUGGCUACACUUAUUAUGGCUUUGUGUACAAUUGCCAAAUCUUUGGAAUAUACAUUCAUGUUUAUCAUUAUAAUGGUCAAGUAUAGAUUCAGUGACAAUGGUAAUGGAAAUAGGGAAUUAGAAAGACUUCCUUUCGAUUAUGAAGCCAACAUUGGAGUCAAGAUUGCAAUUCUCAUGCUAACCCUUCUUUACGGAAGUGCUGUCCCAUGCAUGUUUGCAUUCUCCUUAAUUUACUAUGUGGUUACUUAUUAUUUGGACAAGUAUUUGAUUUUAUACUUUUUCGAGAAGGCCCCAGACAGUGAUGGUACUCUAAUGAGAACUACUUCAGACACAUUGGCUUACUAUCUUUCCAUCUAUCCAAUUUUGGUUAUUUUCAUGAUUCCUUCAUUGGCUAGCUUAUGGUCAACUUGGCUUAUUUACUUGCCAACUAUUUUUGUUUUCUACAUGGUUGUUCGUAUUGUUAGAAAUAGAAUGUCAAGAUCAGAGAUGGACAUGUUGGUAGUUUCCUUGAGUAGUAUGCCUCAUGAUGAUAUUGAAAAACAAGAGGAAGUGGAUAUUAAUGCAGGAGAUAGUUUGGAAAUGGAGGUUACCGAUUCAGCUAGUCCAUCUUCACCAAUUUCCAUUCCUCAAAGAAUUCCAGUCAAGAAUGGCAUUGCCACAUCCUCUAUUAGGUCCUUGAUGAGCUUUGUUGCUGGUGAGGAACAAGUAGUUUCCAUCUAUGAUAAGGAAGUUGAGAAACGUCUUGAUGUCGAUCAAAGAAAACAGAGCAAAACUAAAAAGGUCAACCCUAACACUCCAACCAUUCCAUAUCCAACCUCAAUUGGGAAUGUGUUAAAAAUUGGAAUCUUUGGACUUCUACUAUAA